GGACGAGCCCCACCCCGGAACUACUACAGCACCCAAAACUAGAAGCCUCAUUUGGGAAAGUGUCCUAAUGGCCUAUCCCAUCAAUCCCAGGCACACCUGCUAUGGCUCUACACCAAGAAGGAAUUCUUGUCCCUGUCUGCAUUCAGGUACAAAGGUGUUGGUGUGUUGAUAAGGCUGCAGUUAAAGGGAUCAAGCUUAAUCUGAAAGUCUGUUGUAACUCCAAUUGUGUGCGGGGGUUUUAAAUGAGAGCAUUAGUUCUGUUUAUCAUUGCCACCCCUCCGCUCCCUGAAGACCCCUGUCCUAUAACAUUGGACCUAGAAAGUUGAGAACCUACUUCAGAAGCUGUAGUUUUCCCACCUGGCUGUUGUGCAAGUUUCUUACUGAAGAGAUUGGCUAUUCUAGACAGUUCCUGUGCACUCCUGUAAUUCUGCUCAUCAGUGGAACCUUAUAAACAUUAAAGAAGCCUCAACUGCUUCUCAGAGUUAUUACGUGGUACAGAUGGGGACGUUGAGGCACAGAGAGACUUAAGUUAUUCAACAAGUCAGUGGGGAUGUGAGGUGCUUCCAGACACUAGUUUGUUUUUUUCCCCCCUGUGGCUUCCUCUUUUUUUCCCUUUGUCUUGGAUAAGCGCUGUAACCCACUGGUUUCCCCUUUCUUCUUUCUAAUUUUUACUCUGAGUCAUCUGUAUUGCAGACAGACUAUUUAGGGAGGCUGCCAUGCAGCUGGGUUUGCUGGGAGAUGGGACAAAGAGCAGUGCCAUGCUGAGCCAGUGAGAGAAGGAGCCGAGGAGAGCCCGUGAGAGGAGGAAACACUUGAUGCGCAGAGCCAGGGGAAGAGUGAACCUGGCCCAAGCGUGCAUUCCUUGUAUCAAAAUGUGAGUCGCUAAUCAAGGAUAAUGCAGAUCUAACUGUAGGCUACAACUUCUGUAAUGUGGCUUCUGCAUCUGCUGUAAUGUCAGCAGUCCCUGAAUGGCUUCCUGAUUUCCUCGAAUCGGCAUAUGGCCUGGUUGAGCUGACACUAGAAAAUUCCAGUCUGGUUUCAUUUUGGUUUGUUGGGUGUAUGGGAAAGAGUGCACUGGGGAGGAAGCAUUGUGGGAAAGAAACCUCAAAGUGCAGCUGCUGCUGAGGGUGGAUGCUGAGAAGUUCCCUGCAAAAGUGACACGCAGGAUGCUCUCCGCAGUGACACAACACUCUCGGUUGACCACCUCAGGCAGUGAUGUUUCAAAGCGACGUGCAUGGUGCAUGUAAACAUUGCUAGGGUUACCCAAAGCUUGUGACUUGCACAUGCAAUGGGGCCGGCACUGCAUGUGGUUUGCAACGUUGCAAGAUCAUGUAUUAUUGUGGGUUUUGCACAUUCUCUUCCUUUGCAAAUGCAAAUUAGACAUUAUUAAAAAUAUUAGCUCUUGGUGGUUACAAUUAACUGCAAUUUAAGAGCAUAGAUGUUGGGGGUUCUUCCCCCUGGAACCUUUCAAAUGGGUUCACUCUAAUGUUCGAAUACGUGUCUAUCCCUGUUGCCCGCGGGGCUGUACAGCACUCUUGGAUCUCUAGUUUCAAGCAGGUAAUAGCUGUCUGUUGUGUGAUGGUUCCUUGUUUAUGCUCUACCCUUGCACUUGUGGGUCACUAGAUUAGGUAUGGGCCCUGAGCACAUGUGACCCCUGUUAAUGUCAAUGGGACAUGUAGGUUCUCCCUUGGUACAGCCUGUUGGGAAUCCAUAUGCAAUUUGAGUUCCUGGUGUCCCCAGCAUCCACGCAGGAGCUUUCGGUCUUCAAUGCUACUGACCCAGGGUGCACACUAAGUGGUUUCGCUUCCCUCCUCUAAUGACUCAGGAAAUGGCUGGUUGAGGGGCGCUCACCAGAAUUUCAUCACCUCUUCAGCAGUGGUGCCAACCCUGCCAGCUGUUGAGGGAGCUUGGGACGUAGUGCCCCAGGCCUACAUUUGCUUGCACAAGCUGGCAUUUCUGUACAUGAGGUGCACGGUGACCCGAUCCGCUGGUGCAAUGGGGGGGAGGGGGUGCAUGUAUUUUGUGCGUACAAAGUUAGAGGCUGCUGUGGGAGACAUGGUCCCUUAUGGUCAAUGAGCGUGUUCCCAGUCUCGUUGGGUUGAUAGUGUUGGGCCACCUGCUAUCCUUGCUGCUCGUCCCGAGCUGCUCUGAGGCUUGUGGUGUGGCUUUCAGACGAGAAGACCUGGCCUGCCCGUAUUUCUUGCUCUCCGCCAUGUCGGAGCAGGAAGAUGACGAGAUGUGCUGGAAUAACUUGGAGAACUUCCGGGUGAAGCUGAUCUCGGUGAUAGACCCCUCCAGAAUAACGCCGUAUCUCCGCCAAUGCAAAGUGAUUAACCAUGACGACGAAGAGCAAGUGCUUAACGACCCCAGUCUGGUAGUCCGGAAACGGAAAGUAGGCGUCCUCCUGGAUAUACUUCAGAGGACGGGCCAGAAAGGUUUUGAGGCCUUUCUCGAGAGCCUUGAGCUUUACUACCCACAGUUAUAUAUGAAAAUAACCGGCAAGGAGCCCAGCAGAGUCUUUUCAAUGAUUAUCGACACCGCGGGGGAAUCGGGCCUGAGCCAGCUCCUGAUGAACGAGAUCACGAAGCUGCAGAGCGCCGUGCAGGAGGAGAGGAGGAAGGCCCAGGAGCUCAACAUGUGGCUCCAUGCCAAGGAGGACGCGCUCAAGGAGAUGCGGGUGAGGGACAGCGUGCUGCGGAAGCACCAGGAGAGGGCCCAGAAGAUGAAGGAGGAGAGGGACAACUUGGCCAAGGAGCUGCGGAAAUGCAAGGAUGAGAACUACGACCUGGCCAUGAGCUACGCCAAGCAGAGCGAAGAGAAGAACGCAGCCCUGAUGAAGAACCGGGAUCUGCAGCUAGAGAUCGACCAUCUGAGGCACAGCCUGAUGAAGGCCGAGGACGACUGUACACUGGAGAGGAAGCAUACGAUGAAACUGAAGCACGCCAUUGAGAAGCGGCCGAGCCACGAAGUGGUGUGGGAGAUCCAGCGGGAGAAGGAGCUGCUGCUGGCCAAGAAUCAAGAGCUGGAGAACACGCUCCAGGUUGCCAAGGAAGGGAACUUCGAGAAGAACAGCCUCUACAUCCAGGCUCUGGAGGCUGAUCGGAGACGGGCACUGGGGGAGCAUCAGGAGCUGGUGAACACCAUCUACAGCCUGCGCAAGGCGCUCCAGCAAGCAGAGGAUCUCCAGGACAAACACGCGGAGGAGAAGGAGGUGCUGGAGCUGCAGUGCAUGUCCCUGAGGAAGGACUCCCGGAUGUACAAGGAUCGCAUCGAGGCCAUCUUGAAGCAGAUAGAAGAAGUGGCUGCAGAAAGAGACCAGGCGCUGCUGACCCGAGAGCAGUUCCACAUGCAAUACUCCAAGAGCCUGGUCGACAAAGACGCCUACCGCAAAGAGAUCCGGGAGCUGGGGGAGAGGUGCGAUGAGAUGCAGCUACAGCUGUUCCAGAAGGAGGGCCAGUUACUAGCCGCUGAGGCCAAGCUGAAAAAGUUGCACCUGGAGCCACCCACGCUGUUCCAGACUUCUGACCUAGAUGACGUCUCACCCAGGAGUUCCCAAGAGCUCUCUUUCCAUGGAAACCUGGAUGAGGAGACACUGCUGUCUGAUAAAAAAGAUCUCUCUGAAGGUCAGGAUCAGCAGUUCAGUGCGUUAGAGAGCAUUCAGUGCCUGCAGUCGUCAAACGAGGGUGGCCCACCCAAUGGAGAGCUGGCUGAGAAGGAGCGGCGGCGGAUGAAGGACAGCUUUGAGCACUAUCGGAGGUCUGGCCUGUGCUCUCGGGACUGCUCUUGCCAUGUUUGUGUAACCUACUGGUCACUGUGUGUCAUGUCCCCUGCUGUGCCUGAUCCACGGAGGAUGAGAAUCUGUUACUGCCUUCUCUUCUAGCUCAAGCCGUAGGGACUCGUGCAUUUAGUCCCAGAUGUGCCGAGUACGUUGGCCAAAAUGGCAGCCGUUGCGUUGCACUGAAACAAGUGUGGAUGUUUUCAGACACAUGUAUAUCAUGGCCUGCGUCAUAGGCUGCUUCAUGCCACUGACCGAUUCCACCGUAGUUUAACAGAGCGGUACCCAGAGGACAUGAAGCUGGGGGUGGUCACCUGGAUCAUGGGCAAUGGAUCACAACGCCACUCACUCAGAUUUGUAAGGGGUCUGUGCAGGGGCCCAUGGGCCAUGGGGGUCAGGCUGCUGGUGGGGGGGAAAAGGGGUUCCUGAGAGGAGGUGGUGAGGGUCAGGUGGCAGGGACACAAAUCUAUGCCUACUCCACCCCAGACUUUUAAUGGCACUCUGCAGUCCUGGGGGCACCAUACUUUGGGAACUGCUGGCUUGGUAAGUUUGAUCUAGUUUACUAGCUCAGGGUUCCAUCCCGCUACUGCUGACACCAAAGACCAAGCUCCUAUUAAUGAGACUCAGGGCAGGUUUGAGCCCUUUCAAAACGAUUGCAAGUGGCCGAGCGCCUCUGUCUCCGUCUUUGGGGAUCGAAGGGACUGAGCAUCAUGUCAAAUGCAGAUCUGAAUUUGCACACGAAAUAGAAAUGACCCAAAAGAGCUAAAUGCUGGAGCAGAUUACAGGAAACGUCUAAAGCGAUGUAGCAUUGCUUCUGUAAGUGGUAGUGUGCUGGGGUCUUAUGUAAUAUUUGUAUUCAAGAAGGAACUGAGAGUCAGGAAAUUCUUGCAUUCAGUUGUACUGUACAUUGAGGAAUAUAGGAAUGGCUUUACUGCUCUAGACUAAACCCCAUAAGCUUCUGAUCACAGUCUAUAUUGGAUGCUUGAGAGGAGACCCAGACCACUAAUCACAAUUGUGGACAAUUUAUUUGACAAAAAAGUUGCCCCAAUGAACAACGUUGAUUCAACCAGUGCGCCCCAGAAGGUACAGGCGUGUGCUACUGUAUCCUGGAAGGAGACUUCUUCCUGACCUUCAGCAGGUGAUUACUUUGUGUCCUGGUGCAUGAAGGUAGAAAGGCUGCCUUAAUUUUUACUUUGGCCAGUGUCCCUGCAAAUGCACAGUCCUGUUUAAGUACUAAUUGAGUUUUUUCAGUUUGCUGGUUUAUGUGUAAUUGAGAAGCUUGUUGCUCAUGGAAUUUUGUUUUUCUCAUAAAUGUUUAACCUAACUUACAGAAAGAGGGCAUUGCGAAGGGUACAGAAGGGCAGACACCAUGAAGUGGACUGGGAAAACAACACUGGUAGUGACAACACGGACACUGAAGGCUCCUAAUAGCAUCAGCCCACCUGCAACGGGAAUUACAAAAAGUUUGCUGGGGUUAUAGUGCAAGAAUCUUCCCUUCUGCCCAUCUAAGCUGAUUAACAUUUAAAACUUUUUCUGAAUAACCACCUUGAACAUUUACCACGUUGAAGGCACUGGACUGGGAUGCAGGAGAUCUGGACUAUAUUUCUACCUCUGCCAUAGCAAUCCUAUGUGACCUUGGCCUGGUCACCUAACCAGUUCACAUCCCUGUAAUUCAGAACCCUAAUUCUUGUAUGUAUUUAAUGGGGAUGAUGAUGUCCUUCCAGAAGUGGUAUGAGUCUAAAUGAAUUAAACUCCAAUUGCUCUAGUAGAAAUCCUUACCAUCAUGGUGCUAUGUUAGUGCAUUGUAGUAUUCUGUGCAAAAAACACAAAUACUUUAUUUUCUUCAAAACUGGACUAAACGGUGUGCUAAAACUAUAAAAUAUGCUAAAAAUUGUUGCUAUGGCAACACUACACAACAGUGGGCUAUGGAAAAACCCUCUGUGUCCAUAUUCAACCUAUUAGCUUAAGAAAAUAUUUUUCUUAUGAUUUCCAGAAAAAUAACCAAAUGAGGGAGAAUGUAAUACCAAUUAAUGCCUCAAUUCCACAAUUGCUAGCACCAUUGGUUAAAAAAUAACACUCCAUCUUCCCCUUCCCCGCCCCCUCUGUGAGACUUUAAUAAAUGGUGGCUUCCUUCCUG